UUGGUGAUGUCAGCUGUCAGCUGGUCUAUUGUAAAUACUUAGUAUUAUUAAAAAUAAAUAUCUUGUUGGGCCAAACUACUUAUAAUUUUCUUCCACAUACACAGUCCAUUAAACUUAAAAUUUUUAUCACAAUCUAUUCAGUUUAAUUUUACACUAAUAUUGAAUGAUAACACCUAUUAAUAUUGUCUUAAACGACACGUCAACAAACUAACCUCAAAUUAACAACUAAUUAUUAAUAAAUUAUUUAAAUUAUUUUAUAAAAAUAAAUAUUAAUAAUAUGCGUGAAUUUUAUAAAAGUGUGAUUACAAUAAUAACAUUAAUUUUAUUUGUAUCAUUUAAUAAAUCUGGAGCAUUAGAACCACCAAAGCCACAAGCUGAUAGUGAAGAAGUAUCAACAUGUACUGUUUGCAGAAAUCUUGUCAAGAGUUUUCACAAGGGUAUUGAAAAAACAAAAAGAGAAAAAUUUGAUGGUGGUGAUGCAGCUUGGGAACAAGAUAAAAAUUUAAAAUAUUCAACAAGUGAAGUUAGAUUAACAGAAAUUCAAGAUGAUCAUUUAUGUAGAGAUGUUAAGAAAGGACGUGAAAAAUGUCAUCAUUUAGCAUCAGAAUAUUCAUCAGAAAUUGAAGAAUGGUGGAUAAUUAAUGAAGAAGAAAGACCAGAUCUUUUCAAUCAUCUUUGUGUUGAUAAUGCCAAAGUAUGUUGUAUGAAAGGACAAUUUGGUCCUGAUUGUAAAAAUUGUCCUGGUUAUCCAGAUAAAAUUUGUAAUAAUAAUGGUAAAUGUAAAGGUUCUGGCUCAAGAAAAGGUACUGGAAAAUGUUACUGUGAUAAAGGAUAUUUUGGUAAAUUUUGCAGUGACUGUGCAAAAGGUUUCUACGAAUCCUACAAAGAUGAAAAUAAAUUCCUUUGUUCAGCCUGUCAUGCUGCUUGUGUUGAUGGUUGUACAUCUGGUGGAUCAUCAAAUUGUCUUGGUGGUUGUAACAAAGGAUGGAAAUUAAAUGAUGAAAAUAAUUGUAUUGAUAUUAAUGAGUGUCUUGAGACUAAAAAUAUAUGUACAAGAAAUGAAUUUUGUGUUAAUAAUGAAGGAAAUUAUUCUUGUCUAAGCUGUGACAAAUCUUGUGAUGGAUGUACUGGUGAUGGUCCAGACAUGUGCAACAAAUGUGCUGAUGGAUAUCAUGAAAAUGAAAAUAUUUGUAUAAAUUCUGAUAUAUUGGGACGCAAGAUACAUGAAAAUUAUGCAAGAUAUGGAACUUACUUUGGUCUUUGUAUUGCAACUUGUAUUAUAUUUCAAAGUAAUGUUUAUGCAGCAAGUGCUAUUGGCUUAUUAGUUGGACUUUAUAUAUCAGUAUCUGAAUAUAUUUUGGCAACUAGUAAUGUACAAAAUGCAACACCAAAUCUGGAUCUUUUACAACCAUCUGAAUUAUAAAUUCAGACCAUACAGUACUAGUAAAAUUUAAAUAAUUUUUUUUUUUUUUU